ACACCCGGAGCGCAGGUCUGUUCGUGGGUCUGCAGAGCCGGACCGUAACCAGCCGUCCCUGGGGUUUCCAAGGAGGGGUUGGUAGGUGGGACUGACUCCUGUUCAUUUUCGAGCUGCUCAGAAUUUGAACUGGUCCCAGUCUCCAUCCCCCUCCAUUUUAAAGCUCGGAAUCAGCCUCCGUUUUUCCUCCCAAUGAUGUGUUUUGGUAUGUGCUACCUUUCUCGUUUCAGCCCCGUCUUACUGUGUCUCUGCUCCAUCUGCUUUUCCUCCCUUCAGGUUCACCUGGCUUAACUUGGUGUUCAGAGCUUCCAAAGCUGGAUUCCACGAUUGGCCUUUGCUAAUGAAGCGCUGAGUGGUGCUGGAACAGUGUGGGCUUGGGCUGACUUGCUUCUGGGGUCCUACUCCCUCUUGAUUGUGAGAGAUCGGGUCCAUAUUCCAGUGACUGCUCAGCCGAAAGAGCUUGGGUGACAUCUCUAAGAUCACUGCAAGGAAGCAAAGUGCCAGGAUUUUCCCCCUGUGGCUGCCUGACUGCUGCUGAGCUACCCCUCCCAGCCCAUGUGGCUCUCCCCAUGCUCCAAGAGUGCAACUGGUGCUCAACGCAAUGUGUGUUUGUCAAACCAUGGAAGUGGGCAAGUAUGGCAAGAAUGCCACUCGAUCUGGAGACCGGGGGGUCCUGCUGGAGCCUUUCAUCCACCAGGUGGGCGGCCACAGCAGCAUGAUGCGCUACGACGACCACACCGUCUGCAAGCCCCUCAUCACCAGAGAGCAGCGCUUCUACGAGUCUCUGCCCCCGGAAAUGAAGGAGUUCACACCCGAGUACAAAGGUGUGGUAUCUGUGUGUUUUGAGGGAGACAGCGAUGGCUACAUUAACCUGGUGGCCUAUCCCUACGUGGAGAACGAGGCUCUGGAGCAGGAUGAUAUGCCAGAGAGGGACCAGCCCCGGCGCAAGCACUCGCGCCGGAGCCUUCACAGGUCAAGCAGCGGCACCGAGCACAAGGAGGAGAAGCCUGGCCUGGCCAGUGACAGCACUGAAAGCAGCAUCCAGGAGUCGAAGAGUCCCAGGGUGGACUUGCACAUCCACUCAGAUGUUCCAUUUCAGAUGUUGGAUGGGAACAGUGGUCUGAGCUCCGAGAAGAUCAGCUAUAACCCCUGGAGCCUGCGCUGCCACAAGCAGCAGCUGAGCCGCAUGAGGUCAGAGUCCAAGGACCGAAAGCUGUACAAGUUCCUCUUGCUGGAGAACGUGGUGCAUCAUUUCAAGCUUCCCUGCGUGCUUGAUCUGAAGAUGGGGACCAGACAGCACGGAGAUGAUGCGUCCGAGGAGAAGGCUGCUCGGCAGAUGAAGAAAUGUGAACAGAGCACUUCUGCCACCUUGGGCGUGCGCGUGUGUGGGAUGCAGGUCUAUCAGCUGGACACAGGGCAUUACUUGUGCAGGAAUAAGUACUAUGGACGCGGUCUUUCCAUCGAAGGCUUCCGCAAUGCCCUCUACCAGUAUCUCCACAACGGCAUCGAGCUGCGCAAGGACCUCUUUGAGCCUGUCCUUGCCAAGCUGCGGAGCCUGAAGGCGGUUUUGGAGAGACAGGCCUCUUACCGCUUCUACUCCAGCUCCCUCCUCAUCAUUUACGACGGGAAGGACAGCCGGGCGGGGACGUUCGUGGAGCGCCGGCCGGAGAUGCGCCUGAAGCGGGUGGACGGCUCUGUCCCCGAGAGCCUCCAGGACGGCGGCAGCACCGAGCCCAGCUCCUCGGCACAGCCCAAGGUGGACGUGCGGAUGAUUGACUUUGCACACAGCACCUUCAAAGGCUUUCGCGACGACCCCACUGUGCACGACGGACCCGACAUGGGCUAUGUGUUCGGGCUGGAAAGCCUCAUCAACAUCAUGGAACAGAUGCGCGAGGAAAACCAGUAGCCCUGGGCUACGGCCUCUUAUUCUUGUCCUGGUGGCAGGAGGAGACAAGACCACUUACUACCACAGGAAAAACACAACUUUGGUUUUAAACAACUGUAUCGCUCCGUUGUUUUUAAAUGUACUUGGAUAGGAGAGCCGAGGGAGGCAGGAUGGAAGAGCUCCUCGUGCCGACCAGACAGUUCUGACCGUGCUAGCUCUGCCUUCUGGAGGAGGCUCUGUAGAUGCCUGCUGGGUGUCGGGUGUCCCGGUUCUUCGCUCUUUGUGUGUGCAUUUUGGAGGGAGGUCCUGGAUAUAGGGAUGAGAAAGCAGGGCUGGAGCUCUAGCGUGAGGAGCCUCCUGCCUUGGGAGCUCUCGGGAGAGCCUUCCCUUCAAAAUUCUCCGGAGCUGUUUGGAAAGGAUGCUCCACUAAUGGUUGGCAGCGUCCCUGUGGCCGCCAGUGAGCAGCUCAGGUGCUGGUCCCUGUGUUCGGUGUUGCUGGCUCUGCCCUGGGUUUUGCUGACGGGGCUUUGCUUUUGAUGCUGCCUUUUUCUGCUGUUUGGGCACUGUGAGUAGCCACCCCAGACACGGAAAUGAAAUGACCAAAUGCAACCCCUGGCAGAGCUGCGGCUGGGAGGGAACACCACACGCCUGGAGCUGUGCUCGAGCCCGGGGCCUGCUCCCUCUCUAAUCAUGACACAGGCAGGCACGGGGCUCUGAGGGAGUGACUCUGCCCUGGAUCACUGACCAAGCAAGCACUCAGCUCGUGAGCUAGCAAUAGUAUCUGUAGCAGUUAAGAUGACCCCAGCUGUGCAGCGGGGUGUUUCGGACCAUUUCAACCCUUCCCCUCCUGUAAUGUUUGUCCCACAGGCCGUACUGAGUCUGUCCCUCCAGCACAAAGCUGCCCUCUGCUCCCAGGCCCUGCCCUCCCCACGGGCCUGGGGGUGGGUGGUGGAAGGGAAGGC